CAAUAAAAAUUUUUGACUUUAUGGAUCCACCACUCUGUAUAUCUACAAUUAAUAACGAAAUGCUCUUCCAUCAAUUCUUACUUAAACUCCGCUUUGACACCAACUUUCCCGAACCAAAUGAGGUCACCCAUCCAACCCACUGUGCCGCUCCCUCCAAAUCUCGACCCAAACUCUAGACCAUGAACAGGUGUGGUCAACGCCACACAGAACCCAUCGGCGUCAUCGAAAACAACUCUAAUGUUAUCAAAACAUAACCAAUCAAACCGUGCUACAACGUCCAAGUCCAAGUCGUGACUAACACCACCACCGCCCAUCAAACUCCUCGCCCAACGUAAACAAUGGCCGAAUACGAGACAAAACGGCGCUCGUUGGCUGGUAACAUCGCCAUCGCCUUCUUCGUGAUCAGCUUCAUCCUCAUCGCCGUCGCCUUCGCGACCCCCAGCUGGCUGGUCUCCGACUACAGAAUCACCGGAGCCAAACUCGACCGCCUGGGCCUCUGGACGCACUGCUUCCGCUCCCUGGCGGACCCCUACGACGUCAAAGACCGGCGCUUCUUCGUGGGCUGUCGCUGGAUCUACGACCCCUUCACCACCGGCUAUGACAAAAUCCGGGGCUUCCUCAUUCCUGGGUUCAUGGUGGCGACGCAGUUUUUCUUCACGUUGUGUUUCGUCGCAGUGUUGGUCAGUGCCAUCCUCACGUUGUUGUACUUUUUGUGUUGUGGCCCCGAUAUGAAACAGUUCGUUCUGUUGAUACAACUGAACGCUUUUAUUUUGCUGGGAGGGGGGCUGUGUGGCGGAGUCGCGGUCGUGAUUUUCGCGUCGCUGGCCAAUAAGAACGGGUGGAUGCCGGGGCACGACAACAAUUUCUUCGGGUGGUCCUUCGUCCUGGCUUGCAUUGGUGUGGUGGCUUGUCUGGUGGCCUCGGUGCUGUUCUUGACGGAUUGGAACGUGCAGAGGAGGAAGAAGAAGCAGCUGAUGGAGUCGCAGACGAGGUUCGAGCUGGAGAGGACGAAAGCCUGACAGGGGCUGCAGUGGGAUUCAAAUCCGUCCAUGAUGUACAAACUAAGAUUUUGACGUCCAUUUUAUGUUGGUUAUUUUUAGUUUUAUGUUUGAGAGUUGUAGUGACUAGUGAUUUUAAUCCUUAUUCCGUCCGUUAAUAGUGGUAAUUAUUUGUAAUCAUGUUUAUUUUUAUUAUGACAUGCAACGACAACGCAAUUAUUGCUGCCUUAUCUACAGUCAUAUCGACUUUUUACACGUUACUUUAUACCUUUGUACUUUGUAAGGCUUUUAAACGUGAAAUAAAGUAUUUUUACUAUU